UACUUCUAUUUUCAGGUCCGGGAAGCAAAUUACUAUUGGGAUUGCUUGAGGAACCAACUGCAAGUGAAAAUAUUUGGGAUUUAAUAUUCAAUGGAUAAUGGAGAUAAAAGUUGGAUGGUCUCCGAAGAUCCACAGAUGAGUAUAUUAGCGGAGUGAAUGAUUUUCUUUGAUAAGGCAUUUGAACGGGCUUUCCAAGGCAAUGAAAUAUUGUGUCCUUGCAAAAAAUGUGCUAAUUGUUAUUGGCGUAUUAGAAAUGUAGUAGAGGAUCACUUGGUUGCUUAUGGAUUUAUUCAAGGAUACACCAAAUGUUCCAGCUAGCUGUAUACGGUCAAGUGAAGAGGGUGAGCAUCUUCAAAAUUUAGUUGAAGACCAUCAAAUACUAACUAAAACAACCAGCCCCACAGUAGAAAUAUUAGAGGAGCAAAUGCAAUUGAAUUCAACUCUUGAUGAACAAGAACAAUGUGAACAACAAGGGUCUUCUGCUCAAAAAAGGAAAAGGGGUAAAACAAAGAUGUUAAGUGUACAUGGAAGGCAUGACCGAAAAUUGAUUGUAGUAAAUGAGCAAAAUCAACCUGUUGGUCCUAGUAAAGAUGUUGUGACAGAAUUGGGCAGUUUCCUUGGCACAUUGGCAAGGAAUGCGAAUCUUUGCCCUCUUGAUAUAUAUGAUUGGAGGAAAAUGGACACAAAAGACGAUUUGUGGGCAUAUACCAAGGAGAAGUAUGAUAUCCCUGACACUGCGAAAAGAUGGGUUUUGGAUGGAAUUCAAGCUGCUUGGAGAAGACACAAGAGUAAUUUGAAAAAAAAAGCACUUUGAAGCCUACGGUAAUGAUGAAAUUCGAAUGCAAAAUAGGCCUGAAUAUAUUCCAACAUCUCAAUUUAAGGAUCUCCUCAAAUAUUGGAACUCCGAAAAAGUCCAGGUAAGUUUAACUACUUGUACCAACUAAAAUUUAUAACUUACAAACAAUGGUAUAUUUGCAUUUAAAUUAAAAAAAUAGGGCAAUCAUAUUUUAUAUUUUUAGAGUAAAGUGAAACAAGAAACAAAUUUGGUGAAUUAUUUAGGUGGUAAUGGACUUGCUAUGCCUGUUGAAAUUGUUCCCUUUUGUUGGGAAUUUACACUUAAAAGGCUUGAAAUGUUGUUUAUUAAAGCUGGUUGUGUUGGUAAAUUGAGGACUGUUGGAGAAAAUGGUGAAGCUUAUGUUACUGAUAAUGGUAAUUAUAUUAUUGAUUUGUAUUUCAAGAAAGAUAUGGGAGAUUUGAAAGCUGCAAGUGAUGCUAUUUUGAGA